GGAGCCACAAAUCCUUAUUAUUUCCUUUGACUUGUGUCAAACUCUUUUCGAUACCUUGUUUUUCCCUGCGUUAGCCACUGGUAAACAUUCUUCCAUCCGUCUUUCUCCACUAAUAAACAGAAGUUGUUUUUAUAAAAGGACAACAGUGGUAUGAAACUUGACCAUUUUUAAACAACAAAAUAACCGCGGUUUCCCAACGUUUAAAUGCCAAAACUUUUCUAUAACUCAUUGCCGAUAAUUUGACGACCUUAAAAAUACCGUACUAACCACAUAGAAGGCAGAGGCCAUGGCGAAAAAUACCAUCAAUUCAACAAGUAUUUUAACAAACCGCUUUCGACAUCAAGUUUUGGCAACACUGACAGUUUGCAUUCUUACUUUUUCACAUGGCAUCGGCUUGGGAUGGCUGUCACCAACACUUUCAAAAUUGCAAUCCGACACAAGUCCGUUGGAGUUUCCUGUGACCGUCGAAGAUGCAUCGUGGAUUGGUUCGUUGCUUGGGCUUGGUAGUGUUUGUGGGAAUCUUGCCAUAGGCUUUUUACAAAACAUAAUCGGACGAAAAGCUUGUAUAUAUAUUCUGGCGCCACCACAUAUAUGUUUAUGGAUUCUUAUUUACUUUGCAAGAAAUGUGGAGUUUCUAAUGAUUGGCCGUUUCCUUGGUGGAUUUGCAGGUGGCGGUUGUUACGUGGUUUUCCCCCUAUUUAUUAGUGAAAUUGCCGACACCAACAUUCGUGGAACUCUGGCAACUAUGCUCAUGUUAUCGGUCAAUACUGGAAUUCUAAUUGGCUUCAUUGUUUCCACUCAUGUGGCAUAUCACAUCAUACCGUUCUGUAUAGUGACGCUGCCGAUGGUCUAUCUGAUUUUGGCAUUUGUGUUGCCCGAAACCCCACAGCAUUUACUGAGGAGGAAGAAGUAUGCGGAAGCCGAAAAUUCAUUCAAUUUUUACCAAAUGUGUAAUUCGGAAAUCAAGCAAAACACCAGUAAUCCAGCCUUUGACCAGCUAAAAUCGAUAAUUGAAAAUAGGAGCGAUAGUGGAUCUGUGACCUACAAGGACUUUUUGACCAAAGAUGCCCUACAGUGCUUUGCCACAGCAGCGGUUCUUCUGUUCGUCAAUCAAUUCAGUGGGAUAUUUGCAUUUGUCAACUAUAUGUCAGACAUAUUUUCAAACUCUGGUUCCAGUAUGGACCCAAACACCUGUACGAUAAUUAUGGGCGUUGUACAGAUUGCUGGUACUUACGCAGCCACUCUGCUCGUUGAUAUCUUCGGUCGUAAAAUUCUGAUGCUAUGGUCGACCGGUGGUAUGGCAGUAGGAUUGGCUGCCUUUGGAGUCUUUACAUUUUAUGCCCAAACAAUGGAUCUGUCCCAGUAUUCCUUUGUUCCUUUGCUGCUAAUGUCAUUUGUAUCGUUUGUGGGGAACAUGGGAUUGAUAGCCCUCACAUUUGUUGUCUUGGUCGAAAUUUUUCCCGCCAAGAUCCGACCGAUAUGUGCAUCAGCCUCUAUGGCUAUUCUAAGUUUGCUCGUCUUUGCAAUGCUCAAAAUAUUCCCACUCUACAUGGACUCCUUUGGAAUAUCCACCACAAUGUGGUCCUGUGCGCUGGUGUGUGCCGUUAGUUACCUGUAUAUGCUCGUUUUUCUGAAAGAAACUAAAGGCAAAUCAAUGGACUCGGACUAACAUUGGUACAUUUGGUGACCAAGUCAAACACUAUAUUGAAUUUAUUGUAGUUUUAUUCAAAUGGAGUUUCGUCGAGCUGUGGCAUAGAGAAAAUAAUAAUAAAUAACAUAAAUAGACAAAAGGA